AUGGGCAGAGUCUCUAUUGUUUUAAUGUCCGAUAAGUUUUCAUUAUUUGAUAUCAAUGAAUUGAGAGUACUGAAUAAUGCGUUCCACGCCAACUUUACAAGUCUUAGAGCAACUGGUCGUCUUGGUCCUUCAUCCCUGGGCAUCUACUAUGUGGGGAAAGAUAAUGACAACAUGGUGAUUCUCAGGAAUGGGAUACAGUUCUGGACAGUUCCCUACACUGGAACAUACAAAAUCACUGCAGUUGAUGCAGCUGGAGGACAUGAUAAAUACGGCUCAACUGCUCGAGGUCGUGGGGCUUAUAUCAGGGGUGAAUUUAAAUUUCAGAAAGGAGAUGUCAUUAAAAUAUUGGUUGGACAGACAGCUGCAGUGAAUUCUGGGAGUUGGUCUUCAGGGGGAGGUGGCGGAUCAUUUCUAGCGACAUCGUCAAACACACCGCUUAUUGUUGCUGGGGGCGGGGUUGGCGUUGAAAAUCUCAGGAACAGAAUGGCAAACUGUGAUGCAAAUGCAAGAACAUCUGGAAGAAGAAAUCAAUGUGAACGCUCGUGUGCCAUUUGGUCUGGGGGGGAGAAUGGGAGUGGCGCUUCCCAAGCAGACAACGAUUACUCAGGUGGUGGUGGUGGUGGAUUUUACAGCAAUGGACGCAGCAGUUCUCAUUUUGGUGGUUCCUAUGGCCGAGGUGGGGAAGGAGGGAGAGGAUUUAUUCAGGGGAGUGCAGGAGGACGUGCUGGCACUAAUAAUGCUGUCGGUGGAUUUGGAGGAGGAGGAGGAGCAAAUGGAGACGGAGGAGGUGCAGGAGGAGGUGGAGGAUAUUCUGGUGGAGCAUCAGGAAAUAAUGAUAAUCAAUCUUGUGGUGGAGGAGGUGGUUCUUACAACGCUGGAAAGACGCAAGCAAACGUAGAAGACGUGAAUGAAAACGGAGAUGGUUAUGUCGAAAUAAAACGUGUUGUUUAA